GUCCUCCGAGCACACACACAUGCGUCUGACUUUGUAAGCUGCCGGCUGACACCAAUAGAGACUCCGGUACACAGACACACACAGUUGCAGGGAGUCCUUUUUAUAGUUGCUCUGCGGCAGGACGACCACUGGUAUGGCACGGUGUCCUCCGCUGACUCUGGUGUGUUUAUUUUUUCUUCUUUUUUUUUUUGCGUCCUGCUCUGCAGUUUACUUCUGCCCUGCCCAGGUCGUUGGCUUUUUGCCUCACAUGGGGGCGUUUUCAUUUCCUUGCCACCGGCAGCAACAUGCAACAUCCAGGGAGUUUUGUUGCUUUCCCGGCUCCUGCCUCACUGCAAUUAUAAUUUCCUUCUAAUUUCAUUUGUAAUAAAGUAAAAGGCCUCGCCACGGCUUGAGUCAUGCGGUGAUUAUGCAAAUUCUCUGAAAUCCAUUCGCCACACCCAAUCAUUUCCACAGCUCAUGACUGGGCUCUGUGUGGAAGAGAUCAUUUCCCAUGUAGACUCGACCAUGAAGGUUCUCGGGUGGCUUCUAUUGGUUUUGUAUUUGGGUGCAGUGAGGAGCGAAACAAACUGUACGGUGUGCUCUGCGUGGGUUGAUCGACCAGUUUGCGGCUUUAAUAAUCGAUGCUACACCAGUUUCAAGAGUUCCUGUGAGAUGGAAAUGAUGAACUGCAAGCUACCGGAUUCAUAUAGAUUUACAGAGGCGCCUUUCUAUGGUCACUGCUUUAGAUCCACUAUAAAAAAGUGCAAGGCCUAUGUCUUAUUAGAACAGCUGAAUAAAAUCGACAGCUCCGUUGAAAUGUUUGCUUAACAAUACUAAAACUUAAAUGUUAACAAAUAUUUAAGAAUAAUAAGA